AUUCGCAUUUCCGGUUCUUGUUAGCAGGUUGCUCAUUGACCGAUCGAGAGAAGUCAGUUCAAGGCUGCUGCUGUCAGAGCUCCUGUUGGUUUUCCAGAAUGUUCUCAGCGACAAUUUUAUAUCUUAGGUAGCGUACAAACACGGAGGACGGUGUUGUUGAGAUGCUCACGUGGGCCUCUUUGUUGACAGUCUGCAUAUGGAUUCAAACCUCAGCUGGACAGCACCGAUGUCCGCUUGCUCCACGACAAGUUCAGAACCUCUCUGUGGAAUACUCCCUCCCUUACUUCCAGACGGAGAAACAGAUCCAGAACAUUGCUGUGGACACGAUCAAAGACAGGAUUUAUGUCGCUUCUCAGAAUGUCGUGGAAGGCAUUUUGGGGAACUUGACAAAAAUAUGGCAGGUCAAAACCGGGCCUGUUGGGAGUCCGGAUUGCCAGACCUGUGCUGUCUGUGACAUAGAAGUAGAUCCCACAGAUCCAGUAGACUCAGACAAUGAGGUUCUGCUCCUGGACCCUGCUGCGGGCAUCUUAAAUUACCUCUACAUCUGUGGAAGUACUCAACAUGGGAUUUGUUACUUCGUUGACUUGGAUUCUCCAGAACUGGAGCCUCGUUGUUUAUUUAAUAAAAAGAAAGACUCUCAGGCCAAAUGCGAGUCCUGUCUGGCUUCUCCUCUAGGCACCAAAGUCACCAUCAUUGAAGAAGGAGCCACCUCUUAUUUCUUUGUGGCAGCUUCAGUGAACAACAACGUGACUGAGAACUACCCACGGAAGUCCAUAAAUGUGCUCCGGCCGUUUUCCACAGAAGAUGGAUUUCAGUCGCUCAAUAACGGCCUCACUGUGCUCCCGGAGCUACAGGAAUCCUACAAAAUCGAUUACAUCUACACCUUCUCCACCAAAGAGUAUGUCUACUUCCUUUCCUUGCAAAUGGAAGACCCGUUAAAAAUCCGCUCGGGCUUCCAGACCCGACUGGGACGUCUACCUGUCCUCAUCCCGGAAGUCUGGAUGUACCGUGAGGUGGUCUUAGAGUGCGGGUUUCAACCCAAGCGCCGGAGACGACGGCGAGAGGGGUCCAAAAUCAUUCUGUAUAAUGGACUGAUGGCUGCUCACUUUGGACCGGUUGGGAAGAAUUUGGCCAAGGAGCUGGGAGUGGAAGUCACAGAAGAGAUCCUUUAUGGAGUGUUUGCUGAGGUGGACGAGCAGGGGGAACCCCAGAAGAACUCUGCCUUCUGCGCCUUCCCUUUGUCACACAUUAACAUCGCCAUCGAUGCUGGAGUGGAGGAUUGCUGCAAGCUCGGCUCAGAACAGCUGUCCAGAGGACUGUGUCACUUCCAGGCCUGCGAGAACUGCCCACAUGAGAGUUCUCAAGGCAACGCCUCAUGCAGUGAUAAACCCACUCUGGUUUCCAAGCCGCUCUACAGACUGGAUCUCUUCGCGAGUGACAUGAGGAACGUCCUGUUCACCUCUAUCCUGGUCACAACCAAGGAAGAGCACACGCUCGGCCACUUCGGUACCUCAGACGGCAGGAUCCUGCAGGUUAUCUUGACCCUGUAUCAGCCCAUUACUUACGCCAACUUUUCUCUCGGGAAAAGCCAAGUGUCCAGAAUAGCAAGUCUUUACAGCCAGGAUUCCCUUCUCUUCGUAGUUGGAAAUAAGAUGUUCAAGGUGCCCUCGACAGGACCGGGAUGUUCUCACUUCAAGACUUGCUCCUUGUGUUUGAUGGCUCCUCUCUUCAUGAAAUGUGGCUGGUGUUCAGGAAUGUGCUCCUGGCAACAGGAGUGCGGCUCAGUGUGGGAGAAACAAACCUGUCCACCAGUUAUUACAGAGUUUUUCCCCAAAACGGCUCCCGUGUACGGAGAGACGGAGCUGACACUUUGCGGUUGGGAAUUCAAGUCUCCUCGAGAGCCGGAGAUCGUUGAUGGUCAAACACACAUGGUCACUGUGGGCACUGGUAACGUGUGUUCAGUGCUCCCAGACAAAAGCAGCACCCAACAACUUGUGUGCAAAAUCCGGGGCAUGAGUCCAGUCCAGAAUCUUGAAAUCACCCUGAAAGUUCAAGAGAAGAAGGUGGAACACCCUUACGCGAUUAGUGGAUCCGAUAAGAUAUCUGGAUUCUCUUUUGUGGAACCAACCCUUGUUGACAUCAGCCCGAGUUUUGGGCCUGUGUUUGGUGGGACAUUGGUGACGCUGACUGGCAAACACCUGGAUUCUGGAAAGUGGAGACAAAUUUAUUUUAAAGAUGUGCAGUGUAACAUUCAAACCGUCCCUCUUGAAAACGGUGAGUUAUCGUCGCUGGUUUGCCUCACGGCUACUGUACAGCACGGCGGGGAGGUUCCGGUGAGGGUCAUCAUCGACGGCUUUGAGGUUACUUCCACAUUGAUGUUCACGUACAGGGACAACCCAGUCAUUACCACCAUCAGUCCUCGAUGCGGUUUCAUGAAUGGCUCCAAGCUGGUGAUAAUGGGUCGACACCUUGAUUCCGCUCACGACACCCUGAUCCAGUACAUUUCUAAAACGCUCCCUUUUCAAUCUCAGGAAGAAAAAUGCUUCGGUCAGGGGAAUGCGACACACAUGGAGUGCCAGGUUCCUGCUAUAAAGAACGACAUGUCGGAGGAGAAGUCAAGCGCGGGAGAUAUUUUGAUUCACAUGGAUGGAAAAAGGAACCUUUGGAAGAGUCGUUUCGAAUACCAACCGAAUGCCAAGAUCAUUCCUUUUGAAAAUGAAGACCAUGUCUUAUUUCUGAAGCCGGGGGAAACUGAGGUCUCGCUGCAUCACAGCAAGUUGAAUCUAGUGGACAACUGCAUGAACAUCGUGAUGACCAUCGGCGGUGUGAACUGUAACGCCCAGGUUCUGUUGAACGAGUUGACUUGCAGGAUUCCCAAGGGUCUCACCAUCCCCAGUGAAGGUUUGCCUGUCCAAGUGACCGUAAACGGCGAGGAACAUGAUGUCGGCAUGGUCUUCAAUGAUGUGACCACUAACGCUGCGAUCAUUGCGGGUAUAGUUCUGGCCAUCAUUGCUGCGUUGGUAGUGGGAGCCGGAACGGCUCUGUUCAUCAUGAGACAUCUCCGGAAGAAAAAAAGAGACUCAAUAGAGAACCGCUUGUCCUCAGUGUUUUCCAUGAAUCGUUCAACCUUGCAAAGUGAUGUGUCUCCGACAGGUGACUACAGACGUGUACACCUGUCCAGUCAGACAUCUGGCUCAGGAGGAAUGGCCUUUCAAGGUUUGUUGUACGCUGCCAGCCAGGAUCACCUCUCCGUCCCUCUGAUGCCUCAAGACUCAGUCUCCAUGAACAGUCUCAACUCCGAUCUCCUGGAGGAGGUCAAGGAUGUGUUGAUUCCCGUUGAGAUGCUCAGAAUUGACGACGCCCAGAUUAUUGGCAAAGGUCACUUCGGAACGGUUUAUCAUGGCUACCUGAUGGACAGCAACAAGCAGGAGAUUCACUGUGCUUUAAAGUCCCUCACCAGAAUCACAGAUCUAAAAGAAGUGGACCAGUUUCUCAGAGAAGGAAUUAUCAUGAAGGGUUUCCAUCACCCGAACAUCCUCUCCUUGCUCGGGAUCCUGCUGCCGAAGGAAGGGCUUCCUCUGGUGGUGCUGCCUUAUAUGAAGCACGGGGAUCUGCGUCAUUUCAUCCGCUCAGAGAACCGGAACCCAACUGUGAAAGAUCUGAUUGGCUUUGGACUGCAGGUUGCGAAAGGAAUGGAAUAUUUAGCCCAGAAGAAAUUUGUUCACCGAGAUUUGGCUGCACGUAACUGCAUGCUGGACGAAAAGUUCACCGUGAAGGUGGCAGACUUCGGCAUGGCAAGGGACAUUUUUGAUAAAGAGUAUUACAGCAUUCAAGAUCACAAAAGUGCCAAGCUGCCGGUGAAGUGGAUGGCCAUCGAGAGUCUGCAAACACAGAAGUUCACCACCAAGUCUGAUGUGUGGUCAUACGGCGUUCUGCUGUGGGAGUUGCUGACCAGAGGUGCCAGUCCGUACCCCGAUGUAGACCCAUAUGACAUCACGCACUACCUGCUGAAGGGACGCCGGCUGCCGCAGCCGCAGUUCUGCCCGGACGCUCUCUACUCCAUCAUGCUGGCAUGUUGGGACCCAGAGCCUGAUCGCAGACCGCCUUUCCCCUCCUUGGUCACUGAGGUCCGACAGAUCCUGCAAGGCCUGGAAGGGGAGCACUAUAUCAAUCUGAAGGUCACUUACGUGAACCUUGACCAGCCCAGGCCGUACCCCUCAAUGACGAUAUCUGAAGAUGAGGCAGAGCACUCUGACAAUGAGAGAUGACCGGCGUAUUGGAGCGCAGGAGGGCCGUCCUUUAUCCUCCUGCUACUGAGGAAACAAAAAACAUUGUACACAUGUGAACUGUCAAUGGAGCCAAAAUCAUGCUGGAAGCUGCCUUUCUGACUAACGUACCGAAAGCACCAACCCCGAUUGUAUUGCAGAGGGGCUGCUCAAGAGGGAAUGAGACACAAUGAUUGUAUUGUUUUCACAUUUCCAAAGAAACAAAAUUGUCUUUUUAUAUGUAACUAUGAAACCAUAGAACAAUAAUUUUGCUCAGGGCUCAUCAUUUUGUCAUUGCUAGUUUUUUUCAUUUUUAUAUUAGACUAGCUUUUUGAUCAUUUACGGGAGGUACUGAAGUUUUUUUUCACAGUGUAAUACAUGUUUUAUUACAGAACAUUAGUACUAUAGAGCAAUGGAAGGGGAUCCAGAGAUCUUUAUCCAACUUUAAUUCCUACCAUUGCGUAUGUUGUGAGCCUCAGGAAGGUCCGGCUUCAGAGCUUUGUUCAAGCCAAAUGGAAGAUGAUUCUUCAUCUCCCAAGAUUUGCCUGGAUAUAGAGGUUUCAGCUCUGUGGAAUGAACUUUCUAUGGUCUCCUGUGAUAAACACAAAUUGACUUGAUGGAAAACAGCAUGGUAACACAACAUACCUUUGCAGAAUGAAACAAUGCAUUGAAUUGACACACACCCCAGAAUAGCAGGAGCAAGGGAAGCUGGAUUGCAACUCUUGUCCAGGACAGGAAGCAAAGUGGUUCCCAGAGGAUCUGCACAAACACAGUGGGCCAGGUAGUAGGAAGCCAGCGCUACAGAGGUCGCGAGUUCCAACCCCAACACAAUGUAGGGUUAGCACCACCCUGCUGCAGAGGAGGAGGUCCAACACCCUGCUAGAGAUAUGGGACACAUGUGUGGCAACAACUGAGAACAUAUUUGUUAUGGUUGGUUGGUUAGUUAUAUUGUCCAUAUGAAGUUUCAACAUGAAACCACGGUUUAGUUCUUGUGAAUCUGAAAACAAUUUCACAUUAAAUGCUGUUUAAACCUUGUUCAUGAAUUAUCAUUCAUGAAUUCAAAAGUAUUUCAAUGACGUAGAUGUUUUUUUUAUUUUUUUCUGAGCGUAUCUGCCUCCGUCACAGAACUCAGUUCCCACUUUGGCAGAGAGAUGGCGCCCGAUGCUUCAGUCUAAAGUGGCACAGCCUGUGCUGCAGUGAUGCUCCGCACUACCGCAGUGGAGCUCACCCCAACAGAGGUGCUUCAUAAACGGCAGACACCGAAGCCUUCACACUCACACUGUACAUCAAGUCAUCAGAGGUUUCCUGCCCAUCAUAUCUGCUGUUUGAGUUGGAAUUAUCUUGGUUAAAUAUUUCCCUGUGUCAUCAUCAAAAUCCGCACUGAUUUUAUACCUGUUCACUAGUCUUUAAAGAAACAUGUACCUUAAAAAAAAAAUCCAUGUCCCCUGAGAUACUUGAUGAUUUUGAACUGGUGAAAUAUUCUGCUGAAUUUGUUUUCCGGAGGUAGAACAGUAAAAAGUGGGGUUUUUUGUUUCUGAAUUUACUUUCUGGCUGUUGACUUUGUGUUUUCUGCUAAUUUUUAUGUUGUUUUAAGAAUUCUGAUUGUCCCAGAAAAAGAGCUGAAGCCUUCAUCUCUGAAGACAAAAAGUGCAAUAUCUUGGUUACCGCCCUUUCGUGUGCUGAGAUUUUUAUAAAGCUUGAAGCGUGACUAUUUCAGCUCCAGCUCAGUGAAUAUUGCAUGUUAUCCGCUCGGUCUUCAGUUCUGAAUUCUGCCAAAGAACGCUCGAUUUCUAUAAAAUGCUUCAAAUAAAUAUGAGUAACUUUUCUUUCUGC